AUGGAAACCAACAACUGGUUGUCGUUACUGAAUUCCGAUGCGUCUGACUUAGACCUCAACUUGUAUAGAAUCACCAAAACUUUGGAGUGCUUAUUAGCUUGGUACUUCGUACCAGGCAACCAAAUCAGCUCUUCGAUAUUUUGUAGACUAUGCAUCUCCCUAUCUCGAGGGAUUAAUUAUGCAAUUGCCUAUGGUCAAACUCCUUCCUCAAAAGCUAUUCAACUACUUCAUACGUUGAUGAAAAAGAUAGACUAUCAAAACGAGAGUGAUGAUGAACUAGGAGUUGUGAUAGUUUUGGUGAUAACUGUGAAGAAUGCCUGUGAAUUUGGAUGGUUCGAGAACAAAGAGACACAAGAACUUCUAACUAUUGCUCACGAGAUAGAAAAGAUGUACUGCACCCUGGGAAGUACCAGACCUAGUUUUUCUCACCAUUCUUCAUCAUUAUUAAAUAUGAUAAUGCAAAGAUUCUAUCCAAGUAUGAAACUGGGUCCAAUUAUUGCUUCAAUCGAAGCCAAGUCUGGAUUUGGAGCUUCUGUUGUUGACUUCAAUAUACAAAAGAAAAAUCAUCAGUCCGAUAAAAAAUUUUGGUUAUUGGUGGCAGAAACUGAUAAUAUUGAGACAUCUGCAUGCUUGAUAAACCCUCAGGAUGUGAAUUUUCUCGUGAAUGGAGAAGCAAUUAACACGAGGACUUUGCUUGGAAUGGACCAUCAGCCACAGAUGCCCACUUGUUUGAACAGCAUGCUUAAAUUUGGGACAAAUCUUUUUCAAGCUGUUGGUGAAUUCGAUGGUAAUUAUAUUAUACUUGUUGCCUAUAUGAGUUAUGUUGAUGCAUCCUUGCCACCCGAGCUUCCUCCAGAUUAUGUUCAGUCUACUCUUGAAUAUUCAGAUUCAGAUAUCAUGGAGGGGGAGUCGCGAAUCUCACUUAACUGUCCCAUAGGAUUGACACGAAUCAAGACUCCUGUUAAAGGGCGCACAUGCAAACACUUCCAGUGCUUCGAUUUUGACAACUUCAUUGAAAUAAAUUGUUACAGGCCGCUCUGGCGCUGUCCCCAUUGCAAUGAGUAUGUCUCCUAUACAGAUAUUUGUCUUGACAGAAACAUGGUUGAGAUCCUGAAAAAAGUUGGUGAGAACGUUGUGGAAGUGAUUGUCCAUCAUGCUGAUGGAUCGUUGAAGGAAGUACUCUUAGAAGAAAAUGAUUCCUCGGGUCUCAGCAGCCGCAACACAGGUUUGCUUCAUUAG